AUACUCUUCGUCGCCUUUGCUCGGUCGUAUUAUCGGAUCCCCCAUCCACUUGUCCAAAAAAAAAACGCCUCCCCCAUACCACAGCGAACCUCCCAAAACCCGGCUCCCCCGAUUUCCAAUCCCACCAUCCUCCGAAGGGAUCAGAUGCCGGCGUGCUGCUGCUGAUCGAGCGAUGCGGGCUAGCCGGCCGGCGGUGCACCCCGUGGAAGCGCCGCCGCCGGCGCCGGCCGCGGCGGCGCAGGCCCUGGGGGAGGGGGAGGGCGCCGCGCACCCGCGCGGGGUGCGGAUGAAGGAUCCGCCUGGGGCGCCUGGGACACCUGCGGGGCUUGGCCUACGCCUUGCGCAGGCUUUCUUCGCAGCCGCCGCGCUCGCCGUCAUGGCGUCCACCAACGACUUUCCGUCCGUCUCCGCCUUCAGCUACCUUGUCGCAGCAGCCAUUUUGCAGUGCUUGUGGAGCCUUUUGCUAGCCUUUGUCGACAUUUAUGCACUUCUUGUCAAGCGAUCUUUGAGAAAUGCCCGAGCUGUAUGUAUAUUUACUAUCGGAGAUGGGAUCACAGGUACACUAACCUUGGGUGCAGCAUGUGCAUCGGCAGGAAUCACUGUUCUCAUUGGUAAUGAUCUCAACAUAUGCGCAGAGAAUCACUGUGCAAGUUUCGAGACAGCCACAGCAAUGGCUUUCAUAAGCUGGUUUGCGCUGGCGCCAUCCUGUAUCUUGAAUUUCUGGUCGAUGGCCUCCAGAUGAGAAAUAUAGGAUGUUAAAACAUACUUUUGAACCGUUUCGGCACAAGAUCGGUGCUUGUGGUAGCAGCAAUGCAGUGUCGUAAAGCUAAUUGUAAUAUGCAGAAAUUGGUGAAUGGAUGUGGAAUGUAGUGCGUGGUCGAAUUGUCUGUACAAAAUACGGAGUGCCUUCUUUGGAUCUGAAAAGAAUUACAAAUAUUGUCAGGGUUUUCCCUUUGACGUUAACAUGUUCUGCCUAUGUGGUUUGUUGUAUUGUACGAUGGAAUACAUAUAUAUGACUCAGAUGAUGGUUUUUAUGA